AACAUCUGGAGCAGAGGAGAAAAAGCCUGCGUACACAUCCAACACUUGUCAGAUGACCCUGAUCGGUGUGUUUCUCCAGAGCAGAAGAAGAUUGCUGUCAUGGACUUUUUCUGGAUGUCCUUUUUAAAUUAAGUAAGAGGCUAAAGAUUGAGGGAAAUAGUGAAAUUCACAAUGAACUCAAUUGCUGUGUUAGUGAUAUCAGCCUGUAUCUUCUCUUGGACCUCUGCAAAAUACCACCACCAUUAUCAAGACAAUAACAAAGAGCUGAAGUACCUCUUGGAACCUCUGGUGUAUGCUGAGGUCACUGCUCGCCGUGGACAAGCAGUCGUUUUGCCCUGUGUGAUGAGGUUCAAACCAUCGCACUACAGAGUGAAGUGGACCAAAAUCAAACCCCCAAGUCAGGGAGUGGAAAACAUAGUGCUUAUAACAAACGGACGUGCGGAUAAGCAGUAUGGCCCAGUCGGGCCCCGGGCGUCUCUCCUGCAUGCACAUAACCUGGAUGUUUCUCUCCGUCUUACUGACCUGGAGCUGGAAGAUGACGGAAUCUACCGCUGUGAACUGAUCAACGGAAUUGAGGAUGAAAGUGUGGCUAUUACUCUGAGGAUUGAAGGUGUUGUAUUUCCUUAUCAGAGCCACCAUGGUCGGUACAGAUUUACAUUCUUUGAUGCUAAAGAAGCUUGCGCUAAACAAGAUGCAACACUGGCCACUUACAAGCAGCUUUACAGGGCCUGGACUGAAGGGUUAGACUGGUGCAAUGCUGGAUGGCUGAGCGAUGGAACUGUCAAUUAUCCAGUCCUGCAACCACGGCCGGCUUGUGGAGGGGAUCUCCUCUCAGGCAUCCGAAGUUACGGACCCCGUCACAAAACAAAGGACAACUAUGAUGCUUUCUGCUUCACCUCAGCUACUAAGGGCUCUGUGUUCUUCAUUGCGGGGCCUUUUAGUUUUGCUGAGGCCGAGCGCGCCUGCAAACGGGAUGACGCCAGUCUAGCGAAGGUUGGUCAGAUCUACUCAUCGUGGAAGUUUCAGCAGCUUGACCACUGUGAUGGAGGCUGGCUGCAGGAUGGCAGUGUGCGAUACCCCAUCAUUCACCCGAGGGAGAACUGUGGUGGGAUCGCAGAACCGGGGGUUCGUAGCUUUGGGUAUCCCGGCAAAAGUUUGAAGCUUUAUGGGGCGUAUUGCUACAGGUAACUGCUCCAUGUUUUGCUGCCUGGUAAAUUCUGCUACGGGACGUCUGUACGUACAUGGCACACUGGCCUAAAGGUGAAGUCCCUAAAGAGUCGCAGAAUGUAUCUUUAAUGGUAUGCGCACCACUAGAGGCUCCCUGUAGUGUAGAACUGCAGGAAUGAGAAUGUAUGAGCUAUGAAGUUAGCUUUCUGGAUUACAGCUAGCAUUUCCAUCCAUCUGGGUUAUAUAUCAGAUCAUUUACUAAGCCUGUUUAAAAGCAGAACAUAUAGGGUCCUUGUGGGAAAACAUCAAUCAAGAGUGGACUGAACCAGAGGCUUUACUCCUGCUUGAAUAGCUGCUAGCUUGAAAUGCUAACUCAGUAGCGUUGUAUAGCGGCAAGAACAAUACGUAGCAUAAACCACCAAGUCUAACAAUGAUUCAAUCACUGUAUUUGUAACAACGUGCCUAUGUAGAUUCCCCAUGAGCAUCAUUUUUUAAAAAGAGAGGUGAACUUAAUGUUGCUUUUUUCUUUAAACUUGUCUAAACUCAUCACAUUAUCUUAAAUGUUACAUUGUUUAGCACCAUGGUGCUGUAGUUGGAUUUUUUUUAAUUUGUUUUAAUACCAAACAAAAUAGCAAGCAUGUAAAAUGAGUGAAUAAAAUUACCAAUGAAAAUAUUAAA